AUGAGAUUCUUCGUUAUUUUCGCUGCUUUCUUCGCUGUCGCUUCAGCUUUCUUGUUCCCAUCGGGAGGAGGCGGUGGAUGUGGAUGGUUAGUUUGUUUCUGACGUGCUUUUUUUCAAAAACAGCUUAUCGUAUCUACAGAAUCAUUGAACUGUUUUUUAAAAAUAUAUACUUUUUGCAGCGCUCCACCACCCCCACCACCACCACCAUGUGGAUGCGGAGCUGGACUUCCACCCCCACCACCCCCACCAGCUGCCUACGUUGCACCCCCACCAGCCCCAAUCGGAGGAUACGCCGUCGCUGGACGCAAAUAA